GACUUUUACCUGCACAGAGGGGACGAGCGCGCUUCUUUCGUUCUUUCUGUUUUCUUUUUCGACAGAGUAAUUUCCGGUCACUUUGAAUGCGUUUCACUUCAGUGUCUCAAUGCUGGAGCGGUCUCUGCCUGUCACAGGAAUGGAGGGAUUCAGCAGAGUCGCUUUUCGCAGGAAACAAACAAGUCUGGACAUUGUGGAGCCAGAAGAAGAGAAGAAAGGUCGAGCUGGCUGUUUGCAGUCCAAGAGUCCCGAUGAGGAGGCCUGCGUGGCGGUGAAGAUCGAACACUCCAGAGCUCUCGGCAGCAGCCCGGCGUGCGAGCACAGGGACCCGCCCAGCGUGCAGGCGUGUCUGAAUCGAGCAGGCGGCGGGAGGAGUGACAAGAACUGGAGAGGGGUCAAUGGAAGAGUCCCUGCCAGCAGGUCGGGCUCACAGUCUAAACCACAAGUGCCUCCAAAGCCGCCACAUCUCCAGAGCCCAGUGACGGUGCCCACCUCUCCGUGGGGCCGCGUCCAGAAACCACUGUUCAGACUGGUCAUGGAGGAGGGAGGAGGAGGAGGAGGAGGAAGAGGGGCUGCAACCAGGGAGAGAGCCAGGGAUAAACACUCCAAAGUCUCAGACCUCAUCAGUCGCUUUGAGGAGAACAGCAACACAGACAGCAAGAGAGACGGCUCGCCGCUCAAACAGACCAGCAAGUCGACAAACUGCAGUCCGGCUCACCGCGCCCAGCAGACGAAGACGGACACGGACGAGACUCAGGAGAAGCACUCCUCGGCUCCAGCCGCGCUGCAGGAUGCUGACAAGCCGGAGGCUAAUGGGAUGCUAGGGCAGAUGGAGCCGGAGAAGGAGGAGAAACAGGAGAGGACCAAUGAAAGCGUGAGGAUAGAGACCGUGGGGCUGGUAAACGGAGAUAUGGGUGGCGGGAGCGCAGAGCCGAGCGAUGAACAUUCAGCGCCUCACACAGACAGGACUGGUACCGAGAGCCACUCUGAGAAUGAGGACAGUAAAACAGAAAGCAUGCAAAGGAACGACGAAGGGAGCACAGAGCAGAAGGAGACGAAUGAACAGAAGCUGUUUAAGAUCGCCAGCGAGCUCUUGCAGACGGAGAAGGCGUACGUGGCCCGACUGAACCUGCUGGAUCAGGUGUUCUGUACUAAGCUAAUGGAGGAGGCAAACAAAGGGACAUUCCCUGUUGACGUAGUGAAGAACAUCUUCUCCAACAUCUGCUCCAUCAACGCCUUCCACAGCCAGUUUCUGCUCCCUGGACUGGAGAUACGCAUGGGAGAAUGGGCGUCCAAACCUCGCAUCGGGGACAUCCUGCAGAAGCUCACACCCUUCCUCAAAAUGUACGCGGAGUACGUGAAGAAUUUUGACAACGCCAUGGAGCUGCUCAAACAGUGGACGGACCGAUCGCCUCAGUUCAAGGCCAUCAUUCAGGAGAUUCAGAGUACAGAUAUGUGUGGCUCCUUGACGCUUCAGCAUCACAUGUUGGAGCCGGUGCAGAGAGUUCCUCGCUACGAGAUGCUGCUCAAAGACUACCUGAAGAAGCUGCCUGAGGACGACCCGGACCGACGAGACGCAGAAAAAUCGUUAGAAAUCAUCUCCACAGCCGCUACGCACUCCAACAGCGCCAUAAGGAAAUCUGACAAUCUGAAGAAGCUGAUGGAGAUUUAUGAGAUGCUGGGAGAGGAGGAGGACAUCGUUAACCCCUCGAAUGAGUUCAUCAAAGAGGGUCACAUCUUAAAGCUGGCCGCCAGGAACACCUCGGCCAUGGAGCGAUACCUCUUCUUGUUCAACAACAUGCUGCUUUACUGCGUGCCAAAGUUCAGUCUGGGCGGGCCGAAGUACACGGUGAGGACGCGGAUCGGCAUCGACGGCAUGAAGGUCCUUGAAACCUCCAAUGAGGACUACCCUCAUACCUUCCAGGUGUCGGGGAAGGAGAGGAUGCUGGAGCUACAGGCCAGCUCGGAGCAGGACAAGGCGGGCUGGAUUAAGGCUUUCCGGGAGACCAUCGACAUCUUCCAGCUGAAAAACGAGUCGUUCAAGAACGCACUGAAAGACGUGGAGGAAGUGUCGAACGCAGAGCUUGGAGUGAGAGCCCCGCGCUGGAUCCGCGACAAUGAAGUGACCAUGUGUAUGAAGUGUAAAGAGCCUUUCAACGCUCUGACGAGGCGGAGACACCACUGCAGGGCCUGCGGAUACGUGGUUUGCUGGAAAUGUUCAGACAACAAGGUACCACUGGCAUAUGACGGAAACAAGACGAAUAAAGUGUGCAGAGACUGUUUCUCCAUCCUGACGGGAGAAAGAGUAGCAGAGGGCAAGAAGAAGGGCAUCCUGGAGAUCGAGGCAGCUCAGUUCUCAGGCAGCAGCAUCAUGUGUGGCUUCCUGCAGUACUGUGAGAAAAACAAACCUUUGCAGAAGUUUUGGUGCGUCAUCCCUGAGAAGGAGUGUCUGGUGCUCUACCUGUACAAAGCUCCGCAGGAUGUGAAGGCUCAGUGUUCUAUCCCCCUCCUGGGCUACUCUGUGGACGACACCGUCCGGCCCAUAGACCCUCCGGCCAGCUUUCGCCUCUCGCAGUCCAAAUCCACACAUAACUUUGCUGCAGAAACGGAGGAGCUGAAGCAGCGCUGGCUCAAAGUGAUCCGGGUGGCGGUGACAGGAGAGGUGCCAGAAUGCCCUCAGACAAACGGCAACAAUUCAAACAUGAUGGACAACAACAACACACAGGAAGCGAGUACGGACAGCACAUAAAGAGAGAAAACUCUGCUCAUGAAAAGACGUAGUGUGCACAUUGUGCUGCACACAAACACACACUCCUCCUCAUGCUGUCUGUGAACCUGAACCUUAAAGACGGAGGGGAGACCUCAGAGCUGGAUUAGCUGCCUUUCCUCCUGUUUCCUCAUAAAGCUACACAAGGACUUUUGAUUCACUGCUAGAGCCGUGCUGGAUUACUGAAGGACACGUCUGGUACAGUCAACACUAGAGCGCAGACUGAGGCCUCAGGAUUGAUUGACUUCAUUCAAACAGGCACCAUAAAGGACAGCUCACACCCACUCAUCAUCACUUAAUCCUGUCAGCUCCUCUCGAGCCAGUGGACGACCACAGACUUACACAGCGCCCCUGUUCAGGACGUGAAUCACAGCAAACUGAAGUCUGCUGGUGCUGUAACCUCGACUCUGUGUACCUGUACAGUAUAAAUGUUAUUUUUUGUCUUUUAAGAAAAAAGAAGAACCGUUGUGUUUUUAUGAGAUCAGUCCCAGGCUUUGUUUUGAUAACAUAGAAAAUGAUAAAGUAUUUACAGUAUUGCCCCGCUUCUGUGCGUGAGAUAAUGUUUCCUGAAUGAUCCUGUGGUUGGAUAACGAUGUUCUCGUCUCCGUCUCUCACCUGUCAGUGUGAAUUCAUCAACAGUCCAUCAAACUCUGAAUGCACGCUGGCUGAUCUGUCUGCUUUGCAAUCUCUCGCUCCUGUCCUCAAGUGUUUAGUAUAACACAAAAAUCAACUAAAAAGCUCAUCCAAGCGUUCACUGUAUGGGUGAACAUGUGGGUUUAUAAAUACAUUAAUCAAAUGUGAAUGUCUGUUUAUGACUUAACCAGUUACAAAAGUACCCGACAAAACAAAGUGUUUCAUCACAUUGAUGCAACAGGCAUGUCCAUCCAUUAUGGCAAUAAUUCAGGCUUGCUCAUUGAUUGCAACACUGGUCAAAUGUGAGCAACUUUGAGAGGCAUAAUAAGGCUUCUUUGUAGAGUUUGGAGAAUUACACCAUACAAAUGUUUUUGUAAAAAAAUGUUAGCUCUUACAAUUCCCAUGAUGCAACACAUUCAGGACUAAUAUUAGACUUUCCCUGCUUCUAGAAAUACUCAGAUCUUCUGUCAUGUAUUAAAGGUCACAUAUUCUCCUCCUCAUCAACCAGUUUAAAUAAGUCUCAGAGCUCCUCAAAACAUGUGUGUGAAGUUUCUGGUUCUAAAUCCACUCUGAUCCUGUAUUUGAUCAUGUCUAUAAACCCCUCUAUUUCAGCCCUGCUCAGAACAGACUGUUUCUGUGUCUGUACCUUUAAAUAUGUAAAUGAGCUGUGUCUGACCACGCCCCCUCUCUGGAAGGGCUUGGGUGUCUCGGGCUUUCUCGCUCCAUGUCCUAUUGUUUACAGUGAGAAGGCAGAUUCAGAGGGCAGAACAAACACCUAGCUGUGGAAGUGUCACCCACCUGGGGGAGGGGUUACUGCCCUUUGUGAUGUCAUGAAGGGAAAAUCUCUAAACAGCCUGUUUGAGCACACAUUUUCUGAAAAGUGGAGCAGGCAAAAGACGGAGAGGAUGGACUUUUCUCAUCAUUGGGGGGUUUGUAGACAGACUAGAGACACAUAUUAGAGUUAGAGAAACAUGGUGAAGUGGAUUCUGGAUAAUAUGUGACCUUUAAUAUCAAGCCUUACACAUAUUAAUAAUCACCCUGACAAAUCACUGUGCCAUCAUCAGGGUCAUUGUCUAAGACUUAAGGUGAAUCUAAAGCUGCUUCUGCUGCAGGUAUUAUAAACAUGAUAAAUCUCUUUAACCUCA